AUGACAGAGAAGGAAAAGAGUGAGGUCCUCUAUGCCCAUCCGUUCUGGUCCAGCAAAGCUGAGUACAUUCUCGCCCAGGUGGGCUUCUCUAUCCGCUUCACAGGCAGUUGCGCAGCUGUCUGCAUCUUCAUGCUGUUCCCAGUAGGGGUUCCUGUUUUCUUCCUGGAGAUGGCAGCUGGUCAGAGCAUGCGUCAGGGUAGCAUGGGUGUAUGGAAGAUCAUUGCCCCCUGGAUUGGUGGUGUGGGGUAUUCCAGCUUCAUGAUGUGCUUCAUCAUUGGCUUGUACUUGAAUGUGAUGAAUUCCUGGACUGUCUUCUACAUGAGCCAGUCCUUCAAGUAUCCUGCUCCAUGGGAGAAAUGUCACUUAACGGCGAACUCUAGUGGCUUUGAUCCUGCAUGUGAACGGACAAUACCCUCCAUGUACUUCUGGUGCCGGGAGACCUUGAAGGCCUCAGACAGAAUUGAGGAUGGUGGGUCACCAGUCAGCAGUCUGAUCCUGCCCUUCUUUAUUUGCUGGUCUGUGGGUGCUUUCAUGAUCAGUGGGCUCAAGUCCACCGGGAAGGUCAUGUAUGUCUUGAUACUGCUCUCCUGUUUCAUCAUCGUUGGGCUCUUCAUCCGGAGUCUACUGCUGGAAGGGGCAAAAUUUGGCCUUCAAGAGUUGGUGGCUGCCAAGAUAGCGGACGUGUACAAUAUGAGUGUGUGGUCUGUAGCAGGGAGCCACGUUUUGUUUAACACAGGCAUAGGCCUUGGCUCCGUUGCCUCCUUAGCCUCCUACAUGCCCCAGUCCAACAACUGUCUCAGUGAUGCCUUUCUCGUGUCCUUGAUAAACCUCACUUUGGUGAUUAUCACAUCUUUCAACUUCUGUGUCCUGGGCUUCUGGGCGACAGUCAUCACACAUCACUGCUGUGAGAGGUAAGUUCAGCCCCUUAGUUGAGCGUCCCCCUACCUUGUGCUAACUGGCAGCAGAAGUGAUAGGUGAGGACAGGAGACAGAGCCAUGAAUUCUUUCUGGGCUAGUCAGAUAGGGCCUUCCAGAGGAGGCAACCCUGAGUUGAAUUGCUCCUGGUAAUCUUUAUUUUUUUAAUUUUUUUUUUAAUUUUUGAGAAUGGGAUCUCUCACUAUAUUGGUCAGGCAGGUCUUGAACUCCUGGGCUCAAGCUAUCCUCCUGCCUCUUCCUCCCUUAGAGCUGGGAUUAUAGGCAUGAGCCACCAUGCCCAGCCUCUCCCAGUAAUUUUAACCCUCACAAAUAACCACCAUUUUCUUCUAGAAGAUGCCUGGGCAUAUACAUGUGUACAUGUGCAAGAGUUCUUGACAGUAUGUAGUUAGGAAUGGAAUUGCUGAGUCGGGUAUGCUCAUCUUCAGCUUUAUCAUAUAUUGCCUGCUUUUCAAAGUGGUGUGGUGCAUUACCCUCCCAUCGAGGGUGUGUGAGACUUUCAUUCGUUUUACUUUUUGUACAACAUUUGAUUAAACUUGAUUGGACUUUUAAAUUUUUUCCAGUCUGGUGGCAGUGUAAUGGUAUUUCUUUGUGUGUUUUCAAAAAAACCCCUUUUAUUAUGAGCUAUUAAAUACAUAUAGAAAAAUGCAUAAAACAAGGCCAGGCAUGGUGGCUGGUGUCUUGUUGGUGCUUUCAUGAUCAAUGGGCUAAAGCCAUUUUAUGGGAGGAUUGCUUGAAUCCAGGAGUGUGAAACCAGCUGGGUGAGACCUCACCUCGAGCAAAAAAAGAAAAAAUGUAUAAAACAAUGUAUAGUGUAAAGAACUGUGAAGUAAACAUCACCGGUAUUGAGAACUAGAGUAACCCUAGGAGCUCUCCAUGUGUCUUUUCCUAAUCAUAUCUCUUUACUGCUGCCCAGAGGUAACUAUCAUUAAAGUCAGGGUAGUGGCCACUGUAUUGCUUAGAUAUGCAUACACAGAUGUUAGAAUAGAAGGAAAAAAAAGAAUUAAUCAUCAUAGAAGUCAGAAUAGCCAUUAGUUCUUUGUUUUUUUUUUAUGUUCUGUCAUCUAUGUAUGCAGAGCUAAGCAAUAUAGUUUAAUUUGUCCACUUAUAUAAAGAAAUACAGUUUUUCUGUUUGUUAGUUGUGCUUUUUUUUGGGAUGGAGUCUCGCUGUCACCCAGGCUGGAGGGCAGUGGUGUGAUCUUGGCUCACGGCAACCUCUGCCUCCCAGGUUCAAGCAAUUUUCCUGCCUCAGCCUCCUGUAAAGCAGUAUAGUUUAGUUAUUUGUUUCCUCACAUAUAUGUUCUCUUUGCUUACUUUUGUGCUUUAUUUCUCUCAUUCAACAUGUUUGUAAUAUUUAUCCAUACUGUGUGUAACUUUAAUCUGUACUUUUAAAAUGCUGUAUAAUGUUUCAGUAUAUGACUGUACCACAGUUUAAAAAAAUCCAUUCUAUUGAUGACAUUUGGAGUCUUUCCAGUUUUAUGCCAUUAAAAGUGUUGCUGUAAAGUACUACAUAUGUUCACAUUUUUCUGGGACAGAUGAGUUAGACUGUCGAGGCAUAGUUAUCUAUUCUUAGGUAACAAAUCGCCCUGGAAGUAAAUGGAUUAAAACAACAAUGCUUUAUCUCAUGAUUCUGUGGGUUGGCUGGAAAGUUCUUCUGCUGGGCUUGUGUGGGUUCACUAACAUGGCUGUGUUCAGCUGGAGGGUUGGCUGGGGGCUAAGCCCAGCAGGGAUGGGCUUUUUUUGAGACAGAGUUUCACUCUUGUCACCCGGGCUGGAGAGUGGUAGCCUGAUCUCAGCUCACUGCAACCUCCACCUCCCAGGUUCAGGCAAUUCUCCUGCCUCAGCUUCCUGAGUAGCUGGGAUUACAGGUGCCCGCCACCACACCCAGCUAAUUUUUGAGUUUUUAGUAGAGACAGGGUUUCACCAUGUUGGCCAGGUGAACUCCUGACCUCAGGUGAUCCAUCCGCCUCGGCCUCUCAAAGUGCUGGGAUUACAGGCGUGAGCCACCGCGCCUGGCUGGCUAAGUGGUGUUGUUUGGGUUUACUCCUGUUUGUAGACAUGAAAGUCAGGAUAGUGUUACUGUAUUGCCUACAUAUGCAUACAUAAGCCAGCAAGGGCUGUUCACUUCCAUGAGGCCUCUCCAUGGGGCUAGUUUGGUCUUCCUCACAUGGCAGCCCACAGAGCACAAAGGCAGACUCAGCAAAGUGUCUGAAGGGAAGUGUAGACUGCUUCCAUUGCCGCUGCAUUUCUUGGUUGAAGGAAGUAAAAAAAAGCCACCCCAGGGUGGGCAUCGUGGCUCAAGCCUGUAAUCCCAGCACUUUGGGAGUCCAAGGCGGGUGGAUCCUGAGGUCAGGAGUUUGAGACCAGCCUGACCAACAUGGUGAAACCAAUUCCAUCUCAACUAAAAAAAAAAAAAGAUUGGGAGGCCGAGGCUGGUGGAUCAUGAGGUCAAGAGAUCGAGACCAUCCUGGUCAACAUGGUGAAACGCUGUCUCUACUAAAAAUACCAAAAAUUAGCUGGGCAUGGUGGCGUGUGCCUGUAAUCCCAGCUACUCAGGAGGCUGAGGCAGGAGAAUUGCCUGAACCCAGGAGGCGGAGGUUGCGGUGAGCCGAGAUUGCGCCAAUUGCACUCCAGCUUGGGUAACAAGAGCGAAACUCCGUCUCGGAAAAAAAAAAAAAAAGGAAUGAAAAAAGGCCAUCCCAGAUUCCAAAGGUAAAAAUAGACUUUACCUCUUAAUUGAAGGAGCUGCAAAAUGUUGUGGCUGUAUUUUUUCACGCUACCACGUAUAUCUAUAACUUCACAGAUGAUGCCAGAUUACUUUCCAUAGUGUUUGUGCCAGUGUCUAAUUGUAUAUAUUAGAAAUGUAUGUGUGGAAGUUCUCAUUACCUCACUCUUGCAAAUACUUGUAUUGUCAUAGUUUAAAAAUUUUGCCAAUUUGGUAGGAUUGUAUGGUUUUAAUUUGUAUUUCUCUGGUUAUUGAUAAGGUGGUUAUGUAUCCUUUGAUAUAUAUAUAUAUUGGCCAUUGGAUUGUCUCUUCAGCAAAAUGUGUGGUUGAGUUCAUUUUUGCCCAUUUAAAAAAAUACUGGAUGAUCUGUCUUUUUCCUUGGAGUUCUUUAUAUAUUCUGGAUAUGUUGUCAUUUUCCAGUUGUAUAUAUUAAAGUUAUUUUCUCCCA